AUGAUGCUGGUGUUGCAGGUCGCCGUAGCACUCUGUGCGAUCUCUGGUGCAGCCCUGGCCUCCGUCGUUCCGAGCUUCAGCUGCGGCAGCGGAUGGUGCCACUACGAGGGCUGCCCUGUCGGCCAGACCUGCGACUACGGAUCGUGCAGGGGCGGCUGGUGCACGUACGACGCCUGCGAGUCGGGACUCUGCACGUACGCCUCCUGCGGCGGGGGCCACUGCUGCUACGGCGAGUGCCCUGGCCAGGGCUGCGACUACGGCCCGUGUGGCGGCGGAGGCUGCAGCUACGGCGACGGCGGCUGCUCGGUGCGGCGGCCGUGGCUCUUCCUGGGCGUCGCGUCGGGGUGCCUCGCGCCCCUGUGCUGCCUCGGCGCGCUCGGUUGCCUCUGCUGCGGGCGGUGCCGGCUCCAGGGGCGGGCCCGCGGCGGCGCCCCGUGCACGGCGGCCUCCCAGCCCUCGCCCGCGGCCUCGGCCUCGGCCACGCGGGCGCCGAGGGAGGUCCACGGCGGCCGCCCUCGGCGCCGCGAGGCGAGCACGGCCAGACGUCCCCUCGACUCGGAGCGCUUCGAGGUCCGGAGGCCACGCGGCGACUUCUGCGCUGGAGCACAAGGUCCGCGCGUCUACUUCGUGGAGAGCACCUGCGUCCCUCUAUGCCUGCGUGCGUUGCAGUAUGCCUGCAAGUGUGUGCCGUAUGCCGGCCCUUGUACGCAGUACGCCUGCGGUUGCCGUAUGCCGGCCCGGUGCGCAGUAUGCCUGCGGAUGCUGCCUGUCAGCCCCGGCCAGGCCUUUCAGCCGAUCGGUGGCAUUGUGGACCUGCUGACUCUGGCGCAGAGCCUGUGCACCGUCCGCGGCCACGCGCUGGGGGCCCGCCGCGAGCUGAUGGCGGACGCGCUCAAGGCCCUCGAGCAGGUCAAGGAGCACAUCUCCUCCGACGCGGCGCGAGCGGGCGAGGGCGGGCUCGAGGCCGCACGGCUUGCCUGGCGCGGGGCCGAGGAGAGCGAGAAGCAGGCGGAAGCCGCGUACAGGGAGCAGAAGAACAAGCUGCAGGUGCUCACGGAGGAGAUCAUCGACCGGCACAACAGCGCGCGCCGCGAGCUCGAGGUCGCGGAGACGCAGGGAAUGGAGGCGGCGGACGAGCUCGAGGUGAGCCGCCUGCAGCUGCUGAACCUCUCCAAGGUCGACGUCGCCGAGCUCAAGGCGACCCUGCGGCAGCGGUGCCCAGCGGGGGCCGAGCCGCUUGAGCCGCACCCCGCGCUGGCGCUCCUCGAGCUGUGCUGCGUGGCCCAGCGCGUGUCCACGCGGCCUUCGCGUGAGGACGUGCGCGGCGCCGUUGGCGACCCGCUCUUCGCCACGCGACUGGCGGCGGUGGACAAGGACUCCCUGGGCGAGGCGCACGUGGAGGCGAUGAAGGGGAUCCUGCGCUCCGUGCGCCGCGCGGACUUCGAGGGCGCCGGCAUACUGACGACCAUCGCCAACGUGGUCUUCCCCCUCUACGCCCUGGCCUCGGCCUCGCUGAGGAUCCCGGCCCUGAAGGCCCUGGUGGCGGAGCUCGCGGAGCAGCAGGCUCGGCGCGGCCACGAGGUGACGAGCACGGCCGCCGCCGUGAAGGACCUCGAGAUCAGGUGGCACGAGCAGCGCCGCAGCCUGGACGGGCUGUACGCCGAGUUCUUGCGGCAGCAGGAGGCCGCGCACGCCGCGCAGGACCGCGCGCUGCGCACCGAGGGGCUCCUGAGGGAGCUGGCCCCGGACUGGCAGCGCUGGCAGCGGGAGCUGGACGAG